UGUGAUUAGAACACUAUUUCGUUCUUGAAUCGGUUCAUGCUCGGUAAGCCAUGAACAUGAUCCGCGUGACUGAAGAGUCACUACAUAUCGGAAUAUAUAGUACGUACUCGAUUGAUCACGUAGUGAAAAUGUAACAUUUUGAAUUCAAAAUGGCGAUCUCCGGCGCUGCACCCGCAGCCUCGUCUCCUGGUGCAGGAUAUGGGCCUCCCGUUGAGUUACCAUCAUCGAAUGCGCAGAAUUUCUUCGAGGAAGCGAAAGUUGGCCAUACUGAGCAAGCAGAACUGAAGCGCAAAUUUUUGAGGUAUUGUUACGAUCUUUUUUGUGUCGAGAAAGGGGUGUGCGUCCACCACUUCCUCCGUGACCCUAGCGCUGGCUUCAUUCAAGACAGAGUUCACGUUUAGUUACUAGUCGAAUCGCGAGUAUACCCACUCAGGAGAGAGUACACCUUCCACCUCCUUUGAGGUUUUCGGAGCCGCGAGGGAAAUGCAGCUUGCUGCAACAGAAUGAUUGCGCCAGAACUGGUGGAGCAGAUGCCACAAGCACGAAGAAGCCUGAAGAACAUGAGCAAGAGGAAGAUGAGAUGGUGUUGCGGCUUCACGGCUUUUGCCGUUUGUUGCAACAUUACGAGGUUUGUCCGGCUCACCAUUUCGAGGCGUAUUUCCAUGCUAUGGAUCGCACAAGAGAUGACGUCAUCGAUUUUAAAGAAUUCUUCCUCGGAUGUUGUGCUGCAGACCCGCAGACGGUUCAUAUUCUCAACAGCUUCACAGGGUUCGAACGCUCGAAGUAUAUUUUCGACUUCUACGACACUAACCGGUAUAAUGUUUUCGUUACUUCUUAUGUCAAGAAUCAAUGAGGAACAAGAAGUUGAUUAUAAAGGUUAGAGGCUAGCAGACCCAGACAGGCAUGAGUCGCAGUCUUGUAGAGCACAGAGAUUCGUUGUUGUACUGACAAGGACACCAUCAGCAAAUUUUCAGGUCAGGAAACUUGGAGUUUCUCGAAUUUUCGAGACUACUGGGUGACACUGUCGCCGUCGCGGGGGGACGCGAGCAGACAAGAAAGCAUGCGAUCGAGAAGGGGCGCGAACUUAAAUUGCUCAGAGAGGGCAAUGGUCGUUUGGACUUCACGGCGGUGAAAUUCAAGAACUUCUACGAAUACAUUCACAAGGAACAGCUACGCGGAACCAGUCGGCUAUUUCGUUUUCAUAAAGGCAUUUUGAAACCAAGAAGGCGGUCGGAGCGCGUAGACGUCUGUGCGGAAUUGCCGCCUCUGAAUCUACCAGCAAAACUCCGCGAUCUAUCGCUUGCGAGCACCGCGCCGGGUUCUGACACCGCCACUGCUUCCAGCGGGGGCGCCCCCAGAAUAGAAAUAGACUCGCCUACUAGGCGGACCAUCGAGAUAGAGGCUAUCCGAGAAUACGAGGCUUGGGCGCCCCAGUUGUUGCAACUGGAUGACGACAUAGACGAUAUAAUCGAAAUCGAGAAAAAAGAAGGCCGCGACAUAUACUUCUUAGGGCAGAAGAUUUCUGGAGAUUCAAGGCCAUCAUCUUCCAGUUCGAUGAGCAUGCUGCUCGCGUCUAGUAACACGGGGAAAAAGAGCAAGAUGCAUACUUUGUCUUCUUCGAGCGCCUCCAAAGACGGGACUACAUCUGCCGGCGAAACCACAACCACAGCAUCAUCAGCUUGUCCUACUACAGAUGAAGAGUCACAACGCCGCGAGAAUGGAGAUCACGACGGCGCGACCAGUGGGCCGGUGGGUAAUUUCAGGUGCGACAAAGACAAUAGAUUGAGAAUGGCGCCGCCGUAUCCUGCAGAUGGAGUGCUGCCUGUAGGCUCUUUUCGGCCCUCCCGGCAGGACGCGCUACAGGCUACAGCCGCAGGGGGAGGCGCAGAUAGCCGCGCCCAGCAGGUCGCUGCUCAGGUGGUUCGCAGCAUCUUCCUCAAAAAAGCGAGACAAGAGCCCGGACUUCUUCACGCGACUUCUGGAGGCUCCGCAAGCGGUGACCUUUCAAAUCAGAACUCGUCCGGUGGUGCUAGUGUUUCAACUAAACCGGUCGUGGACGCGCCUCCUGCCCUAACGACUUUUACAGUUCCUUUCUCUCUGGUCUCACCUGCGCAACUGGAGGAGUUGCUCAAUGCUGUCAGUCGCAUAUUGCUAGCCGAGAGCGUUGUCGUGAAACCUGUGCACUCCCUGCCAACGAAGGUGUUCGGGAGCCUUCACGGACAGCUGGUCGAUCUGCUUACUUUUUUCCAGAGUUUCGGGUUUCCACACUUGGGCCUUGAGUUGGGCGACCUAAGCUACACACAUUACGUCUUCCUUGGCGACUACGUGGACCGUGGAGCGCAGAGUCUAGAGCUUCUCACUUUGUUAUUCGCGUUGAAGUUGCAGGCACCAGAACGGGUCACGUUGCUGCGAGGACACCACGAAAACAGACACGUGAAUGCACAUCUGGGUUUUCGCCAGGAGUGCGAGGCUCGGUUGCCUCCUGGCGAUGGGGCUCGGCUCUACGACGUGAUCAACCGUGCAUUUGAGUUGAUGCCACUCGCAUGUCAAUUCCGGAGUGGCUUUCUCUGUUUGCCAAAUGGGUUGCCAAGACUCCUUGACCAUGAACUACGAGAACACAGAACUUCUGCUGCUGGUUUGCGAAGCUUGACGCAUUUGGAAUCUCUUAUGGGGACAAAGCCUGUCAUCGUCCCGCACCCACAAGCUCUGAACUCAGGCAACGGCUUGAGCGAAAGCGAAUUAUUUCUUGUCCGCUACUUCUAUCCGCAUUUAUCCGAGGUGUCAGGCAGUAGUGAGAAGAGCGAUCCCACCAAGGAAUUUCUUCGAGACAGUGGACUCUGUGCGGUGAUCACCAGCAGACGGAUACCUGAAAGCGGUGUGGCGCUAGCUCCCCGUUCUAUUAAAGCAGAAGAUGGCAGGGAAAUACAGACGGACCAUUCAUCUUCUGGAGGAGACAGGCAAGAAGAGAAGCAAGACUUCAGUCGUCUAAAAGAAAUCAGCUUGGUGAGCUGUGCUGAUGUCGGUGGACUGACGCGAAAUCGAGCGGCUAUGCUCCAAAUAGUCUGCGAGAGCAAGAACACUCAUCGAGUCCGUAUAAGGCGCGUUGCCAGUGGCCCCUCGUCAGCCGCAUGGCGGCUUUUUGUAGAGCUAUGCUGCGGCGGAUCUGCUGCUCUAGGUGUCAGCGAAAAUGCUGAAGGGGAGGAGAAGAAUGGAGUGAGUAGAACAGCAACUUCGCACAAGGAUAAGGAAAUGCGACACCUUGUGUGCGCAGUCCCGGAUUAAGGUCAGCUUUUAUCCAUCUGUCUCGGCAUCUUGGUACCCUUUUCCCUUGUAUUCUCAUGAAAUACAAGGUACAAGGGGUCAAGAUGAGGGGGCCGAGAUGCAAUCUAGCAGACUCUAACCGGAGACCUGUGCUCGGUUCUCUCGGUGGCCAGCGCAGCCCAUGGCGCUGACUCCUCGUCGCGUAGUGGUGCCAAUGUCUGCCGAGCAUCAGCACAAAACCAGGGCAUAUUCUUCUUCAGAAGACAAAUUGUGUGUAGAGUUGCUCUAUCCGAUAGAUGGUUCUGCACCAUUCACUAGACCAGACGAGCAGAAGUCUGCUGUUGUGAUGGCUCUAGAUACGGCGGACCGGGUGGAUAUUGCCAGUCUGAAUCCCCUACUUUUGCCGACGCCAAGUGCUGGAAGUAGUGCUACACGCACAACUUGUGCUGUUUCUAGUGGACCUACCGAAAGGACUGCUUCAGAGCAAACGACUGCGGGAGGAUCUUCGGGAGUUAAUAGUAAAUCCACCGCCAGUGCAAGAAGUUCGUCGAGAGCAGCCGGCGCAACAGGAGAGGCAGCACAGCAGCAACACGCGCGCCGAAUCUCUGCACCAACAGCGGCAAACCAAGUCGCAUCUCCAGGAUUGCAGCGAACGAAUAGCACUGGAAUGUCACGAGGAGCAGGCGCUGGCGUAGGUUCGUUUCAACCAAGGCCACGGGUCUCAGGCGCAGGGGCCACCAGUACAGUUGGCACUACUACAAAUAACGCCAGCAGUGGUAGUGUAGUGCAAGGCGGUCAACAGCUGCGCGAACAUGCUCUACAGCAGUUGGCAAAGAUCACGAAGGAAGCGCGGUCUUGUCGCGGCGUCCGCAGCAGCGAACUGCGGGAACGGAAGCAAAGACUGGCGCCGAUCCUGUGGCAUGCGUGGCUCCAGGCUAGUCUCAAUGCGUUGCAGUGGGAGAAGGCGCUCUCAAUGUUUGACUCGCUUGCCUCGCACCACGGCGGAUCCUCCCUAUCUGUGAGUGAGCACGCAGUGGCUCACUGGCUCACUCAGAAGACACAACGAAACACGUCGUUGGGUGCGACGGCCGCCGCGCGAUCGGGAACGCUAGCGCGUUGGGUCCGAGGAUUUCUCGUAUUCCACAAUAGCACAGAAAGAGCAAGUAAUUCGCAGAUCACUGCAGCCGACUUCUUGUGGGGCAUAGUCGCGGGCAGCGGCUCCGUCUCCCUGAGCCAGGGCCUAGCGGAGCGGUUUAGCAACUACGCAGUGGUCGCGCGUGCGGCAGUCGUACUCCAACUCUGCACCGAUGAGGGUGCAAGAGACUGGGACGAUGUCGGCGGACUUUUACAACAUAGCGCGAGUAGCGGGAGCAGAAGGGCAGAUGCUCUUGAUGCAAUAUUUCGCUUCUCGGCUUUCAUUUAGACUUAGAGAAAGCCAGACUUUUUUCCGUAUAAAAUAUUUUUUCCUUUUUCCGUUAUAACAAUAUAUUUAUAAGUAGUACUCAAACUACUCAAGAUUCGUCACUCUGAACCUGAAGAUUCUGUGAAAUAAGAAUGUGCCACAGGAGGUCCUCUUCAUUUUCCGUGGGGUCUGAAGAUUCAUCUAUUUUCAUUUACGAUUGACUACAAAACAAAAUGUAUCAUUUUUGCCCACAAGUCAAGACGCACUUGUUGUGGAUGCAUGUGGGUGCACAGCAUGGCGGC